CCAUCUGCACCAGCCCGUUUUACUGGCACUUUCCCGUCCUGGACCCCACCCAAUCCUGUGUCGAGGCUUUCCGCCUUUGGUUUGAGUGACAAGGAGGCCCUUCUCCUCGUUCAUGUACGCUCUGUGGUCUCUACUCAGCGAACAUCGGACAUCGUCCCUCUCUCGCUUUCGUCCCAGAUUCAGGAUGAAAGUGCCCGACCUACUUGA